AUGCCAGAGAAGGCCCCUCAAGCAGCUCCAGCAGCUCCAGCGGCAGCGGCAGCUCCGGCCCCGGCCGCUGCAGCAGCCCCUGCCUCAGAGGCUGCCCCGAAACUCACCAAUGCCCAGCUGAAAGCACAGAAAAAGGCCGAGAAGGCUGCUCGCCGAGAACAGUCCAAGGCCGCAGAUCCAAGUCCUGCCGCCCCAGCUGGAAACGAGAAGCAGGGUUCCGGAAAGCAGAACAAGCCGAAGCAGGAUGCACCGGCAACAUCACUUGCAAGCAGGCCAAAAAAGCCUGUCCCAACUCCUGCCCCAGCGCCCAAGGAGCCUGCUGGACCAGUCGUGCCUGAGUGCUUCAGCCAUCUGCCCAUGGCUAAGAAGCUCCCGCUGUCAAAGACUGAUAAGGAUGUCGACCGGACUGUCCUGGCUCUUGGCCAGCAAAUGGCAACUUUCACGUUGAAAGACAACGUCACCAGACUCGAGGCCACUCUCGUUGCAUUCAAGAAGGUCAUCGAGGAGUAUGAGAGUCCACCAGGACAUGUCUUUUCUCGGCACUUCCUCCCACAUGUUCUCAACCCUCAAAUCGACUAUCUUGCCGAGUGUCGGCCCAUGUGUUUUGCUAUGGGCAACGCCAUCCGCAUGCUCAAGUCCAAGAUUGCGAAGCUUGAGCUCGACCAGUCCGACGAGACAUCCAAGGAGCAGCUCUGUGAUGCUAUAGACUUAUUCAUCCAGGAGAGAAUACUCUACGCAGAGGACUCCAUUGUCUCCAAGGCUGCGUCGAUAAUUUCUGACGGCGAGACGAUUUUCACAUACGGCCACGACACACUCGUUCGGAAAGCUUUCCAGAGAGCACAUGCCGAGGGACGCGACUUCGAAGUCGCCGUAUUAGAUGACCCGUAUGACCGAUCCGGCCAGGAGCUGGCCCAGAUCCUCAGGAAUGAGGGGAUACGAGUCUUUUACUAUCCCAGCCUCGCAGGGCUGAGCGUCAACCUCAAGCGUGCGUCCAAGGUCCUAUUAGGAGCGGAGGCUAUGUUCGCCAAUGGAUACAUUUACGGCCCUGCUGGUACUUCCGAUAUCGCCAUCGCCGCUAACGACGCCGAUGUCGCCGUGAUCGUCCUGCUUGAGACGGUCAAUAUCGACAGGGAUCGCGUUUCCGCAGAUUCCCUCACGUACAACGAGAUCGACCCCGAGCGCAACAGCGCCGAGUCGUUGCGGCUGCUGUUUGACGCGACGAAAGACAAGUACAUCACGGCAGUGAUUACUGAGAGUGAGGAAGGCAAUGCCACUGCGUCUACGUCCGCUAUGUUGCCGGUGCUGAGGAGAAUGGACGAGCGCACGUUAUGA